AUGGGAACUCUUCCAAGAGUGGGUUGGAGAAAACUGAUUUGUAGCAACCCUUGUCCUCCAAAGUGGCUAUUCAUGGGAUAUUUGGCAGUAAAUGGUAAAGUUUAUAGCAAAGACAUGCUGAUCAACUGGGGUAUGGAUGUGGAUCCACUUUGCCGGCUAUGUAAAGGGGCUGCUGAGAAUAUAAAUCAUCUGUUUUUCACCUGUCCAGUUGCUGCAGCAGUAUGGAGCAAGUUGCUACAAUGGCAAGGCAUUACUAGGCAGUGUUGUGAAUGGACAGAAGAAUGUGAAUGGAUGGAGAUGCAUUGCAGAAAUAACAACCCAAGCUCUGUCAUAUAUCGCAUGACACUCGCAGGUUGCAUUUACCACAUAUGGAAGGAUAGGAACCAAGUGAUAUUCUAA